AUGUACUUUGGCCUGCAGACGGGCUGGGUGUCCAUCAUGUCCAUGCCCGCCAGCCUCAUGGGCUUCGGCAUCUUCAAGCUGCUUUCUCCGCACCUCCGCUUCCCGUUCUCUCCUGUAGAGAACGUCCUCCUGCAGAGCGUUGCUUGCGGCAUGGCCAUCAUGCCUCUUGGCUGCGGCUUCGUCGGCGUCAUCCCGGCGUUGAACUACCUGCUGGCUGCUGACGAACAGGGUCCCAUUACUCUGAGCACUUGGCAGCUUAUUAUUUGGUCUCUCGGGCUCUGCUACUUUGGCGUUGUCUUUGCCGUUCCUUUGCGGCAUCAAGUCAUCAUUAGAGAACGCCUCAAGUUCCCCAGUGGUUUCAGUACUGCUGUUUUGAUCUCAGUGUUGCACGGGCAGCAGUCCUCCAAGGAAGAGCUUGAUGCCGCCGCAAAGGGUGGCUUCGCAAGCCUCGUGCCUCACGACGCAUCCCUCCACACAGCAAAUCCUGGCCCAGCUGUGACUGACGAAGAGCAGCCGGGAACUCUCGAGGAGACUCCUGACAGCACAGACUGGGCCUCGAACAUGCGCCUCCUGCUGAUAUGCUUUGUCGGCUCCGGCCUCUCCACGCUUCUGACCUACUUCUUCCCUAUCCUACGCAACCUGCCUGUUUUCGGCUCUGUUGCAGCCCACACCUGGCUCUGGACCUUAAACCCCAGUCUCGCAUAUGUCGGCCAGGGAAUCAUCAUGGGCACCGAAACUACGCUCCAUAUGACCAUUGGCGCCGUCGUUGGCUGGGGCAUCCUGAGCCCCCUCGCGAAGUAUCGAGGCUGGGCUCCAGGUGACGUUGAUGAUUGGGAAAAUGGCAGCAAAGGCUGGAUCAUCUGGAUCUCACUGGCAAUCAUGUUGGUGGACGCCGUAGUUAGCCUCGCAUACGUCGCCUUGAGACCCUUCUUAUCCAAGGAUCUGUUUGGCAUUAUGGCCUCGCUGCGACACCAAGUUCAGGAGCAUGGCAUCAUAGGGCUGUGGAAGCGGCGCUCCCAUGACUACUCUCUACUCCGCAACGACGAUACCGAGCCAACCUCCUUGGAUGAAACGAGAACAGAGGAGUCUCCAACUGACCCAGACCCAGUGGAAGAGGACGAGGAUGCCCCGCCGGAGCAACGCAUCAGCGGUAGUUUCGUGUCUAUCGGCCUCCUAGCAUCUAUCGCAAUCUGUGUUCUAACGAUUCAUUUUGUUUUUGGCAACCUUGUCCCCCUCUACGCCACCAUCAUUGCUGUUCUCAUGGCCUUGGUUUUGAGCAUCAUGGGUGUCAGGGCGCUGGGUGAGACGGACUUAAACCCAGUCUCAGGAAUUAGCAAGCUCGCCCAAUUGUUCUUCGCCUUUAUUAUUCCUCAAACUCACAAGUCCAGUGUUCUCAUCAAUCUCAUUGCUGGCGCCGUGAGCAAGGGUGCACUACAAGCAGGUGAUCUCAUGCAGGAUCUCAAGACAGGUCAUUUACUAGGAGCAGCUCCAAAGGCUCAGUUCUGGGGCCAAGUCAUUGGAGCCACUGCCGGUGCGGUUCUCAGCGCUCUUAUCUACGGUGUCUAUACUCGUGUCUACGAGAUCCCUGGAGAGCUCUUCCAGGUCCCGACCGCCUAUGUUUGGAUCUUCACCGCCAGACUCGUCACAGGUGCUGGAUUGCCUUAUAUGGCCAAAGAAUGGGCUAUCGGAACGGGUGUGCUCUUUGCGGCAACGACUAUUGUCAGGACCGCCGCUAUGGGGAAGAGGUGGCGGCCUCUCAUCCCAGGAGGAAUCGCUGUCGCCGUUGGCAUGUAUAACGUCCCGUCGUUUACGUUGGCUCGAACAGCUGGCGGCUUGUUUGCAUGGUAUUGGGUCCACGUCCUGCGACGAGCGAACACUCCGCUCAUUAUUCUCGCCUCCGUACGUAUAGGUACCCACCUCCAAGCUAGCAGAUUCUAA